UAUUUAUAUUCAACGAUUUCAUAAAUUAAUUAACCUAAAAAACGAAAUGUAUACAUUACAUUUCUAAGGCUCACCAACAGCAGCAUAUUUUUAGCAAAACUUGUGUAGGACCCUGUAUAUGUAUAGACACCGUAAUAAUACAAUUGGUUAUUUUUAAGUUUACUGCGCCAAUAUUUAUGUCUAAAGGUCAAGUUUACACCAAUAAAAAAUGUAAUAAAUAACGUAACUUUUGUGUAAUUCUAAAAAUUGUGUGAAUGCUUCAAAUGUUUUUAUAUCAAAACAUUUGAUGUAACGGGAAUACGCCCAUCCUAAUUUCACUGACCUUGAGCGAUAACUCAAACCAAAAUACUAGCUUAAACCGUUCUGACAGAGCGUCUUAAGCCGCUGAUCGCGUAAGAUCGAUGUGAGAAUUGAUUUAAAGAAAGAUUAAAAAAUGUUGAGAAAAGUGUUGUUGCAUAAAUCUGGUUGUCCUCAAUUAAAAAGAUGCUUCUCUGUAUCGAAUAAUUUACUCGAAAAACAUAAUUGUAAAGUGUUAGUUGUCGGUGGCGGUACCGGAGGUUGUACGGUUGCCGCAAAACUCACAAAAUGGAUGAAAAAAGAUGAGGUGAUUGUCCUAGAACCGGCUGAUAAACAUUAUUAUCAGCCUCUAUUUACUCUAUGCGGAGGUGGAAUUAAAACUGUUCAAGAUUCAUAUAAAUCCAUGCAAUCAGUUUUACCACCAAAAGCUAAAUGGAUCAAGAAAGCUGCAGGAAAAUUUGACCCAGAUUCAAAUACAGUAACAACUGUUGAUGGUGAUAUUAUUACUUAUGACGUAUUGGUUGUAGCGACUGGUUUGCAGUUAAGAUAUGAAAAAAUUCCUGGACUUGUUGAUGCUUUGGAAAAGUUUAAUAAUGUUGGAUCUAUUUAUUUACCACAGUAUGCAGAGAAAACUUUUAAAGUUUUGCAAGGUUUUAAGGAUGGUGAUGCCAUUUUUACAUAUCCCCAAUCUCCAGUUAAGUGUCCUGGAGCACCACAAAAAAUUUGUUAUAUUUCGGAAGAUGUUUUAAAAUCUAUGGGUAAGCGUGGUGGAGCAAAAAUAACAUACAACACAUCCCUUCCUGUAAUAUUCGGUGUAAAGAGAUACGCAGACGCACUUUGGGAAGUAGUGAAAAAACGCGACAUAAAAGUAAAUUUGCAGACCAGUUUGGUGGAAGUUAAACCAGACAAAAAUGAAGCAGUUUUUGAAAAUCUAGAAACAAAGGAAAGAUUUACCUCUGGGUACUCAAUGUUACAUGCUGUUCCCCCAAUGAGUCCUCCAGAUGUGGUAACAUCUUGUAAACAACUUGUUAACGAAGCAGGAUUCGUCGAUGUAAAUAAAGAUAAUUUACAACACGUGAAGUAUCCAAACGUUUUUGCAAUAGGUGAUUGUUCGAGUUCGCCAAAUUCCAAAACCACAGCAGCUGUUGCUGCUCAAGCACCUGUUGUUCACGCACACAUAAAAGCAUUUUUAACGAACGGUAAAUCAUCUUUAGCGUAUAAUGGAUACGCUUCAUGUCCGUUAGUGACAGGAUACAGAAAAUGUAUUCUCGCAGAAUUCGAUUACGACUUAACACCACAAGAAACAUUCCCAAUUGCGCAAAAUAGGGAAUUAUGGAGUAUGUAUGUGAUGAAGAAAGAUUUUAUGCCUAUUUUAUACUGGAAUUUAAUGCUGAAAGGAAAUUGGAAUGGACCACAAAUAGUUCGGAAAAUGUUAAGACUUGGAUUUUAAUUAUGUGCAAUAAUUUUACAACUCUGUAUUAUGUUACUCCACAUUUACUAAUAUAUUUCAUGUUAUAUUUUUUAAAAACGAAUUAAAGAAUUCGCAAUUAUGAACAAAUUAA